UGUGUGGUCUUUAAACAAAACAUCUUGAGUCCGUUCCAUCAGACCUAGUCCGCGCCUGUCUUUGCGCAUGUCUCCUCCUUUUAAAGCCUCUGGAAGGAAGGAAAGAGGAGAAAAGGGAGGCGACCGCUCCAAUACAAUGAUCUCUGCAGCUGCCAGCGACAAUCCGAAGGCCAACUAUCUCCAGUACGAAACCCGCUGCUGCCCCGCUGACUCCCCCGCCUCAUCGUCCCCUGAAGCCGGUCAGCUGAGCCGAAGGCGGGACACUCAGACAACCGGCGGCUACAGCAUCAACAACCCGGAGGAGAGCGGCGGCGGCGGCGGCAGCAGCAGCAUCCAGCCUCUGGUCUCCUCCUCCUGCAUCAUGACAUCGGGGGAGUUUAUGCAGAGUGCGCCGCUGUUGGCGCACAGAUCCAAGAGGAGCCUGAUGUACAAGGCGCUCUCCUUCCUGCUGCUGGUCUUCCAGGGCGGCGUCCUGGACUUCUACCUCAUCAUCUUCACGGACCUGUACUGGUGCUCGUGGAUCGCCACGGACCUGGUGGUGAUCUCCGGCUGGGGGAUUUUCUUCAUGAAGAACGCGCGGAGCAAGCGGGAGCGGGCCUGCGGCUUCCACCAGAAGAGCUCCAUCUUCGGCUGCAACCUGGGCGAGUUCACCUACGCCUACCUGGCCUGGCUCAUCUACGUCAUUGCCUGCACCCCGAAGGUGGUGCUCGUCCUGGAGACCUCCAUUCUGGACCUGGUGGCGCUCAAGGUCCCGUGCGGCGCCACCGGCUUCAAGAUCGUGGUGCUGCUCUCCGCGCCGCUGCUCUUCUGCCUCAUCAACUCCAUCAUCGAGGACGCGAACGGCGCGACGCGGCACCACUCCCACAGCUGCUUCACCAGCACCUGCCUGGACCUGCUGGACAGCUUCACGCUGCUGGAGAUGCUGCUGAGGAACGAGAUCCCCACGCUGUACCUGAAGUACACCGUCAUCUCCGUGUACUUCGUGGCGCUGGCCGUGCCGGUCAUCUGGCUCUACGAGCUGACCGUGUCCGAGCUGCGCUGCCGCUGGCUGUGGGCGCGCUUCUCCACGGGCCUGCUGGUCAACGCGCCGCUGCUGGUGGUCAGGUGUUUCCAGGUGUACGUCUACAAGAUGCCGGUGUCCGUGUUCAUGUUCAAGAACAUCUUCUUCCUCGCGUGCACGCUGCUGGAGCUGCUGGAGCAGUGCGCGGCCGUGCGCGGGGUGCGGCGGCUGACCGGAGGCGGGAACCCGGCCCAGUUCUCCCACUGCGUGUCUGAGAACGACAUGUGUCCGCACGGAUACGUCAACACCCUGGCCGUCACCCAGUCCUAGGAGCGCCACUGGUGCGUCCUGACAGACAGCUGGAAAUAGGAAAAUAAUCCAGAUUAGGCUCAGUGUAUAACCCCUGCUCGGCUUCAUUUGGAUGAGGGAGGUACUGAACAUUCACUCUGACAUACUUUCCAAACAGGCUGAAUUCAAACUUAAUCCCCAGGUGGUGAGUGGAUAUGUUUUGCUUCCAAACCUCCAGUGUUGGAUUACCCUGCUAACAAGGACUGGCAUGGGGUACAUGGGGGGCCCCACGUACCCCAUCAUAGUUAUUUUAAUGAAGUAUUGCAGGGAAAAGGGUGCUUCCUGCUGAAGUGGUGCUGUUUUCCUGACAAUUGGAGAUUGGAAAUAAUCCAGAUUAGGUUGGACAGCAGCAAACCUACAUGUGUGGAAAUGAUUCACACUGUGAAAAAAAAUGUAAGAUCAAAAAGGUCCAACUUUCCAAGCAAAGGAUGAAUUUAAAAUAUAUCCUCGUUUCUCUGUAAUUAUUAAUGGAUUUUCUUUUCUCCUUCCAAUCCAAGUGUUGGAUUGACCUCCUAAAAGGCCCCAUGGGCAAAAAAGGGAAGUGGGGCCCCCCGUGUUUUCCCAUUUUACAUGAAUUUACAUUCAUGAAGUACUUACAGUAAAAACUGAGCAUGCUGUGCUUCCAGGUGGAGUGGUGUUGUUUUCCCUGACAAUUUGAGAUUGGAAAUAAUCCAAAUUAGGCUUCAUUUGGAUGACUGGUGACGUGAAACAGUGAGGCAUCACUACAUCUUAUGGAAAGACAGAUGUGUGAUCUGUGCAAAAUAAUUUAACAUCUGAAAGGUUAAACUUUACAGAAAAGGAUGAAUUUCAAAUGUUUCUCCGUUUAUCUGUAAUGGUUACUGGAUAUUUAUUUAUUUAUUUUGCUGCACAGUGGCAGCAGGGCUGGAUUAACUGGCUAAAAGGCCCCAUGGACAUACAAGGGAAGUGUGUUCCCCAUCUUAGUUAUUCAUAAAGUAUGACAGGAAGAAAAGGUGCAUUUUGUGCUUCCUGGUGAAGUGGUGCUGUUUUCCCUGACAGUUGGAGAUUGGAAAAUAAUCCAGAUUAUGCGUCAUUUGGAUGAGUGAUGACAGAAAACACAGACUUCAACAAACCUGCACAUGAUACCUCGCUAUAUCGUGUGGGAAAGAUUCACUAAUUUUAAAAUCUUAAAGGUUAAACUUUACACAAAAAAAAGAUGUAUUUGAAAUAUAUCCCCAUUUAUCUUUAAUGGUGAGUGUUUCUCCAUUUUAUAUUAACUUCUAAUAUUCAUCAACACAGUAGCUGUCAAGCUGAGGGUGCGUUGUCUCCUGGAAAAGUGGACCCAUAAUCCUGAUGCGGUUCCAUUUAUAAAGCAAACUUCUUCUUCCAGACAUUGACAUUGAAACACAGACGGCAACAAACCCAAAUGUGAGGUAUUUAGACGGCAACUUCCUCCCACUAGUGUAGCAGAAUGCGUCACACUGUGUGCAAAAAUAGAAACAAACCAUAAUAGGCUGAAAUUAAACCUCAGUACUGUGCAAACAGCUUAGGGCCACCGGUCGAUUUGUUGUUUCAGCAGAGUAUUUAGCGUGAUCUCCAGCAAGUGAUUCAGAAAAACAGUUUUAUAUUAUAAAAAAAUAAGCAUCUUCUGGGAAGCAUCUGAUUGGGAAGGGUUUUUAAUCUAUCUAGAACACUGCUGCUGAUGCAGUGAAAUCAGCUGAUGAAUCCCAAACAGCGCCGGACUGACCUUCACAGAGUCCAGGCGUGAAUAUAAGGAUUCUUUUCUGGACAGAGAAAUAAAUAAAAAGCUGUAAAUCUAAACACAAACUCUAGGAAAUGCUACUUAAAAACAAACAUCUUCCUUUAAUGUCUGGUGUUAUGCUAAUGAAGAGACAGAAAAAUGAAUAUUAAUUUG